AUGGCAGACAUUGACGAGCCCAUGGAUGUCGACUCCCAGACAACAGAGGUCAAGGCUGGCAAGGCCAAGGCCGGCAAGGAUGCCAGCGGCAAGAAGCGUUUCGAGGUCAAGAAGCACGCCUUCCACUUUCACUGCAUCUCGAGAUGGCUCAAGACGCGUCAGGUGUGCCCACUGGACAACAGAGAAUGGGAGUACCAGAAGUACGGACAGUAA